AUGGACGAAUACACCUACAAUGCUAUGGACCUCGGUGGUCCUGCAAUUCGACUGUUUCGCGUUCACAGAGGAAGCGGUAGAAACAUAAGCGGCGACCUCUUCCAGGCAUUUCUGUAUGAGCGAGGAGACGCCGUGGCUUACGAGGCUCUGUCGUAUACCUGGGGUCCGCCCGACGUCCGCGAAAACAUCUUCAUAGAUGGUAGGCAAUUGAGCGUCACAGUGAACCUCUAUCUGGCGCUUCAGCAAUUGCGCCAACGAGACGAGGACCGAAUACUAUGGAUAGAUGCAAUCUGCAUUGACCAGCAGAACCUGAAGGAGCGAGGUCACCAAGUUCAGCAGAUGGGCGACAUCUACAAGCAAGCCGACCGUGUACUAUUCUGGCUCGGAGCCGGCACAGACGAGACCGACAUCUUCAUUAAGUCAAUGCAGCUCUUGCACAGAUUGUGUAUCCGAUAUCCUUGCAAGUCCUGCAAACUUGACGAUAGCCGAUGGGAGGAUCUAUGGAAGGAUGUUCAACUGCAACUAAAGGCUACUCACGGAAACUCAAAUUUGGAAAGCCGGCAGCGGCAGGGCUUGGAGAUUAUCCUAGACCGACCUUGGUUUAGAAGAGUCUGGAUCUUGCAAGAGGUCGCAAAUGCCAAGUCCGCUCUGCUCUACUGCGGCACGCAAUCAGUCUCUGUACGGGUCCUCAGCAUCGCCCCGAUACUCAUGGGCGUCGAUCCAAGUCCCCACUGCCAAGCUGUCCUGGAUAUCAUGCCAGGAAUCUGGAGGGGAACCUCGUGGUGGAGCCAGAGCAACAGCCUGUAUACUCUACUCAAGAUGUUUGGAAGCAGCGAAGCCACGGAGUCUCGAGACCUUUUAUAUGCGCUGCGGGGCAUAUCUUCAGAUGCCAGAAACCCUGAUAUUCUGCCGCCAGACUACGAAAAGCCGGAGGAGGAAGUGACCAGCGAUGCUAUUCGCUUCCUUUGCUGCUGCGACUUGGAAGACUAUGAUGCUGAUGAUCGGCGCUCAUUGCCAACUGACGUACGGAGCCUUGCAGACGGUUUAGAUGCCCUGAUCAAUACAAGUUGCUUGGCACUUGCAAAGGUCUCCAAGACGAAGAACAUGGAGAUGCUCCUCCGACGGCCGGACACACAGAUUGGCAGGCAUCUUGUCAACACCGUGUUGCUUCACGACACAGACGGGGAAAUGACACGACUGCUCUUCCAAUGUCGAGGAAGCGACGUCGACAUAACUGAAGAAGCCUUGACAGAAGCUGCGAGGAACGAAGUUGCCGCGGAAAAAGUCAUGGCAGUCAUUCUUCAGCACCGAAAAAGGUCCACUAAGAUCACCAACGACGUCCUCCAUGUCGCAGCGAGGAAUAGCGGUCGCGGAGAGAAGGUGUUGAAGCUCCUUUCUCCGUAUAUCAAGAGCACUAACAUCGGCUAUAUAGCCGAAGCGGCCGCCCUGGAUAACGAUCGUGGACACGAAGUGAUAGAGAUGCUCUUCCGUGUACAUUGCGCCAAAGACGCCAAAGUUCAAGUCAGAAGGUCUGCAAGAAUUUCCCAUAAGCAAUCGACCGAAGACUUUAGAAUCACACAAGAGCUCUUGGAAAUUUCUGCCAGGAAUGAGGCGUGUGGAGCAGACAUAUUUGAAGUGCUAUUCAAGCAACGGCCCCAGGACAUUAAACUCAGUCGCCAGUUAGUCCAGCUUGCAAUCUUCAACAAGGCGAGCGGAUUCCAGAUCCUGAAAUUGUUCCUUGAAUACCAGCCUGGGAGCCUUGAACUCAUGGAGAGCGUCGCCAGAUAUGCAGACGAACCACACGCACCACAGGGAAGAGUUGCGUUUCGAAUGUUUCUUGAGCACCUGGCAACUCGGGGCCCAGCAACAACAAGGGAAUUCGCAAUUUUUACGAGGUGGUGUACUUCGACGAGUGCCCGGGAGUAUCUUCGGUUGAGAGGACGUGGACUUGCGAUCACAAGAGAGGUAGUUCAGGCCCUUGCGCUGAAUCACUUGAGCAGGGAUAUCACACUUCAAAUGCUGCUGCGGCAUACAACCCCAAUCCUUGAGCUCAAAAGAGAAGCAGCUUUGGAGAUUAUCGCGAUUCUCGGCUCUUUGGCCAUGGACUGGCUUCUGCAAUACCGGCCGAAAGAGUAUACCGACAGGAAGUCUAUUCAGUCGGAAGUCCUCGAUGAAUUGAUGACAGCAGAAGAACGCCAGACCUGGAAUAUGUUUCCAUUUGCCGCUGGCAGAGGGCAUCAAGCACUGGUCGAGCUUUUACUCGAGCGCGGCGCGAACAUCGAGGAGAAGCUGGAUCGGAGCAAUGUCGGGCCAACAGCCUUAAGCCUCGCUGCAGCAGCGGGCCACAAAGACAUAGUUGCUAUUCUUAUCGAACGAGGCGCUGAUCUCGAAGCAAAGGACUUGCAUGGACGUACGCCUCUCAUUCUAGCUGCCGAGAAACACGAGAGCAUCGCGGAGCUGCUCAUAUGGAGCGGAGCAAAGGUCGAUGCGGUGGGCGACGAUGGGAGAACGCCUCUGAUGGCUGCGUCUCGGGGUGGGUUCAGAGCAAUCGUGCUGAAACUUCUUGACCAAGGGGCUGGGUUUGAUGACAAGGAUAUGAAUGGCAGAACGGCGCUGAUGAACGCUGCCAUUGAAGGUCAUCAUCGUGUUAAAAGGAGGACAUCGUUCAUUGGCAAGGCUACUGAAGGACCAUCAGCAUAG